CCUGCGGGUAACCAAACAGUACCUGCCCCACCUGGCGCGUCUUUGUCUCAUCAGCACCUUCCUGGAAGACGGCAUCCGCAUGUGGUUCCAGUGGAAUGAGCAGAGAGACUACAUUGAGGCUACCUGGAGCUGUGGCUACUUCCUGGCUACGUGCUUUGUGCUGCUUAACCUCAUAGGACAGCUGGGUGGUUGUGUCCUCAUCCUCAGUAGAAAUUUUGUACAGUAUGCCUGCUUUGGACUAUUUGGUAUCAUAGCACUACAGACUGUUGCAUACAGCAUUUUAUGGGACCUUAAAUUUUUGAUGAGAAACCUCGCCCUCGGAGGUGGUCUGCUACUGCUGCUGGCAGAGUCUCGUUCAGAAGGAAAGAGCAUGUUUGCCGGAGUCCCCUCCAUGGGAGAGAGUUCGCCAAAGCAGUACAUGCAGCUGGGUGGUCGAGUACUGCUAGUGCUCAUGUUCAUGACUCUGCUACACUUUGACUCCAACUUCUUCUCUAUCCUGCAGAACAUGGUUGGCACUGCCCUCAUCAUCCUGGUGGCCAUCGGCUUCAAAACCAAGCUAGCGGCAUUGACCCUCGUCAUGUGGCUCCUGGCUAUCAAUGUCUACUUCAACGCUUUCUGGACCAUCCCUGCCUACAAGCCCAUGCACGACUUCCUCAAGUACGACUUUUUCCAGACCACCUCCGUCAUCGGCGGUCUGCUGUUGGUGGUGGCGCUUGGACCUGGUGGAGUGUCCAUGGAUGAGAAAAAGAAAGAGUGGUAGGCAAAGGGGGUAAAGAUAAGAGGAUUGCACAGCACCACUAACAUCCCCCACCGACCAGGACACAAAGACCCUCCCUAUCCUCCAGCCACCCCCUUCCCAAACAGGUUACAACAUUUUUUGCCCCUAGCUUAUUUUUUAUUUGGCCAAAUCCACAGACAUCACCACACUCAUCUGUGGACUAUGGGUUGUUUUUUAUUUUUUUUUAUUUUUUUUCCUCCAAACUGCUCUAUAAUGCCAGAUUUUUUUCUAAACCCAUCUUGUAUGUCCUCCUUUUUCAUGACAACAGAAGUAAAAAGGUAUUAGUAAGUUAAACAACUAAUGGAUAAGUGGAGGUAAAAAUGUAUUUGUUGGAAUGAAAAUAAUUUAUUGUAUUUUAUGGGUGUUAUGCCAUAAGUUAUAAUAGAUUAACGUUCAUAUUUUCUGAAUAAAACUGGCAAAUUGGA